ACCUUCUGUUGACAGCCAAGACCGGAAGUAUCGCCAGCAGCCAUCUGGUUCUCAGCCCUUCGGCCUUUUCUCAGGUCAGCAGCAAUCACUUUGUUUUUUAAAAUAUGUCAAAAACUAACCGGAGCGUAAAUAGUACGGAGGUACGUCAUCCUGAUGUCUUAAGCGGGACGCGAAGUCGAAGCCGAUGUCAUUGCCACCAUGAGGCUGCUGUCAGACAUUCACACAGCGAACAGAAUGACCUCCGGGGAAGAGAAAGACCACACGAUUCCUCUGAAGCAGAGCCACAGGCAGAAGCUGGACCUGAGCCAGAGGCUCCGGUGGUGGACGACUGCGAGAGACUGGGCACUUUUUUCGGAGAGCUCAAUAAGUGUUUGAGAGGCAUCGGUUUUACCCAGUUUUACUUCGGAGAGAAGAUCGUGGAGCCUGUGGUCAUACUGGUGUUUUGGAUGCUGCUCUGGUUCCUGGGUAUCCAAGCUCUUGGCCUUGUGGGAACUCUAUGCAUUAUUAUCAUUUACAUCCAGAAAUAACAGAUGUGAAAAUGGACAGACACAUGAAGGUGCAUUUGCCACUCAAAGCCAGUGCCAGUGAAAGAGAGGUGAAACUCUUUUCUACAGUAGAUGAUUAACCCGAUCCGUAUAUUUGGGUCAUGUACAAGAUAUUGAAGAUAAUCAGAGGAUUUACUUUAACUACUGGAAUGAUUUGUCCGGUCUUUGUGAAUUGUGUAUUAGCUGUGAAAGGUACUUGUGAAGAGCAUGCUUCCCUUCAAUAUUUGCAUUGACAAAAUGGGCGCAUAUUGAUAUGCUGGCUAUCAAAGGUUAAAGAGCAUUUAUAUAACCGGAUUCUAAUGAAAGUUGUACAUAUCAGAUAGGCGGUCAUUGUCGUCGGCGAAUGUAUCACUCUUGUUCUGCCAGGUGUCAGUCCUGCAUUCUACACACAUUUGCACUAGAGGGCAAUCUUCCUCAUUCUUCCCUUAACAUGUCUUGGGGAAAUAUACCAGGGAAUAAUAAUCAUUCUGUGUUAAAACUUGAAUGUGUUAAUACUACUGCAUGUGAAUGUUUUCGAAUUUGAAAGUAUGUAUUGAAUAUAAGGCUCCAGUAGUCUGAGAGGAAGAAACUGUAUUAAAAACCAAACCUUUUAUGAUAAAAAAAACCCUAUAAUAUGCGCUGUAAAUUCCUAUUUGGUAUUUUUAUGAGUUGAUUUUACUGUAAUCUGCUCAUGUUGUCUUCUCUUUUCAAAGAUUCAUGUUGCAAUAUCAGUAUCAAUAAAAUCAAAGGAUAGGUUUAUAACAGGGAAAUAUUUAGUAUGCAAAUUUUGCUACAAUAGAAUGUGUAUAA